AUGAAGACGUUGGCUAAGGUUCAAAUUAAUUUGCCUCUAUUAGAUGCUAUUAAACAAAUCCCAUCAUAUGCCAAAUUUCUGAAGGAGCUAUGUUCUAAAAAGAAAAAGUUCUUGGAAUACGAGAAGGUGAUUUUAUCUGAGCAAUACAGCGUUGUCCUCUUACAUAAGCUACCACCCAAGAAGAAAGAUCCGGGGAGUUUCACUAUCUCUUGUACUAUUGGUAGUCUUGAUUUUCAUAAAGUAUUGAUUGAUUUAGGAGCAAGUGUUAACCUUAUGCCUUAUUCUAUUUUUCAAAAAUUAGGUGAAGGAGAACUCAAGCCCACAUCUGUGAGUCUUCAAUUGGCAGAUAGGUCCGUGACAUAUCCUUUGGGUAUUCUGGAAGAUGUGAUUAUUAAAGUGGAUAAAUUUUAUCUUCCAGCUGAUUUCAUUGUACUUGACAUGGAGGAAGACAAGGAAGUGCCUCUCAUUUUAGGCCGACCAUUCAUGGCCACCGCCCGGACACUUAUUGAUGUGGAAGCAGGUAGUUUAACCUUAAGAGUGCAAGGAGAGUCAGUUGUAUUCAAACUCUUUGAAGCUGUCAAGCGUCCUUUCGAACCUGAAGAGUGUUUUCGUGUUGAUGUUUUGGAUGGGAUUGUGCAUGCAAACUUUGCCUCACGAUCAUCUAACGAUAAGCUAUUAACUUGCCUCACCAACCAUGAUGCUACUUUAUCUAUGGAAGAAAAUGUGGUGGACGUCAUUGCUGCAUUGGAUAGUGCACCAAUUCAUAAUCCAAGGUGGCGACAUGUUUAUGAAAGCCUUGGAGUACCUAAGCAGCCCCUUCUUCCUUCAAGUGAGCAAGCUCCGAAGUUAGAGCUCAAGCUACUACCGAGCCACCUCAAGUAUGCUCAUCUCGGGGUGAAUGAGACCUUGCCUGUUAUUAUUACUGCUGAUCUUAAUGACACGGAGGAAGACAAAUUACUAAGAGUUCUUCGCAAGUAUCAAGAUGUUCUGGGGUGGACACUUGCUGACAUAAAGGGCACUAGUCCAGCUUUGUGCAUGCAUAGAAUUUUUAUGGAAGCUGGGACUAAACCAAUUGUUGAAGCUCAAAGACGUCUAAAUCCGAUCAUGAAGGAAGUUGUAAGAGUUGAGGUGAUGAAGUUGCUUGAUGCAGGGUACAACCAAAUUCCAAUUGCCCCAGAGGAUCAAGAGAAGACAACGUUUACAUGCCCUUUUGGACAUCUAAUUUCAAGCAAAGGAAUAGAGGUCGACAAGGCAAAGAUUGAGGUGAUCGCCAAAUUACCACCACCAACUUCUGUGAAGAAUGAUUUUCUCACAUCAGCCCAAAUUAUAACAACUCCAGAUUGGACCCUUCCUUUUGAGCUCAUGUGCGAUGCUUCCGAUUACGCUGUGGGUGCGGUCCUUGUGGUAUUUGCUCUUGAAAAGGUUCGAUCGUACUUAGUUGGUGCUAAAGUUAUUGUGUAUUCUGAUCAUUCUGCUCUCAAGUACUUACUGUCUGAAAAAGAGGCCAAACCACGAUUGCUUCGAUGGGUCCUUCUCUUGCAAGAGUUUGAUUUGGAGAUCCUAGAUAAAAAGGGACGUGAGAAUGUUGUGGCGGAUCAUCUCUCAAGAUUAGUAAAUGCAAGCACUGAUGAGGCAGAUUCAUUGCCCCUGCAAGAGAGCUUUCCAGACGAGCAACUCAUCAAGUACCAUGGUAUGCUGACAUCGCAAAUUAUUUGGCAUUUGGAGAAAUACCAUCAGAGUUCAGCUACCAACAAGGGAAGAAGUUCCUCUCCACUGUAA